GAGCCGCAGCCGGCCGUGAAGACCUGCCUGAGCUGCGAGGCCUCCCUGUGCCAAGCCCACCUGAGCAAGCACAGCACAAAGACCCCCCUGAAGGACCAUGUCCUGAUGGAUCCCUGCGACGAUCGGGCUCUGGCUGAGAGGAGAUGCCCCCAGCACAGCAAACUGCUGGAGUGCUACUGCGAGACGGACUCAGUCUGCAUCUGCGUGCUGUGCUCUGUCACCAGUUCCCACAGGGAGCACAAGAUCAUCUCUUUGGAGGAGGCAUUUGACCAAAUGCAGAGCAUUUUUCCUGAAACUCUGGAAACGGUGAAAAAGCAUGAAACUGCGCUGAAUGAAAGCAUAGCAAACCUGCUGAAACAAGAGGAGGAAGUAAAGACUAAGGAGAGCCUGCAGAGGAAUCAAAUGAAGAGCCUCGUCAAAGAGAUGUGUCUGCAGCUAGAUAAGAACAAAACAGAGGUCCUGAAAGCUCUCAGUCACAGCAAGGAGCAACAACUUUCUAAGAUUCAGGCAGAAAUACAGAAACAGAAGAAGGAGAAGGAUGCAGCCAGCCAUGAUGUACAGAAGCUGGAGGCUCUGAGAAAUCAGAAAGACCUACUUCUUUUCAUGAAGCUGGCUGCAGCCAUGGCAGAAGCUAGGGAAGAAUCUGGAGGCACCAGCCUGGAGGACGAACUCAGCUGCCCCAUCUGCCUGUGUCUGUACAGGAACCCGGUGUCGCUGAGCUGCGGUCACAGCUUCUGCAAGGAGUGCGUCCAGAAGGCGCUCAGUGUCCAGCAGCAAUCCAAGGCCCCUUACUCCUGCCCUGUGUGCAAGCUCCAGCUGGGGCCUAUCCUGGAGCUGCAGAAGAAUUUUCAGCUGUGCAGCAUUGUGGAGGCUUUUAUGGCCACGGCUUCCAAAGGACAGCAGGAUGAGGGCACUGCAAAGGAGAAGAAGGAGGUGGUUCCCUGUGACUUCUGCCUGCAUCCAUCUCAGCCAGCAGUGAAAACCUGCCUGAUCUGCGACGCGUCUUUGUGCCCGGCCCACCUGCACAAACACAACGCCAAGGCUUCCCAGCAGGACCACGUCCUGGUGGAGGUGGGCGCGGGUGGUGUGGUGGUGGAGAGAAAGUGCCAGGAGCACGGCAAGCUGCUGGAGUGCUACUGCCAGGACGAGGGGCUCUACAUCUGCGUGCUCUGCUCUAUUGCGGGACGCCACAAGGGUCACAGCAUCAUCACCCUGAAGGAGGCACACGAAAACCAGCUGGGUGAACUCUCGGACAAGGUGACAUGGCUGCAGGAGCGUGAAAACGCUUUAGCUACUGCCCUGGGAGGACUUCAGAGAAGUGAGGAGCAGCUCAAGACCAAUAUGAAAACAGUGACUUCCCAGCUCCAAAAUCUGUUUGAAGAGAUGAAGACAGAGAUGAUUCAGAAACACAGGAAGAACCUGAAUGACAUUCAAUCCAUUGAGAAAAAACAACUGGAAGAUAUUACCAAAAUGAAGAAGAAAAUGGAACAAAGUAGAGAUGAGGCUGUGCAGCAUCUUCAGACUUUGCAGAAGAUGAAGGAGCAGCCAGAUAUGUUCCUCUUCUUCAAAGAAUUCAAACCGACCAAGGACAGGAUUGAGAGUCAGAAUUUCAGUGUCAGCGGGGUGGAUGUUGUGGCAAUGCAGCUGGACCAGGGCAUGAUGGACCGCUGCCGACGCCUGAUGCAAGACUUCCUGAGUCGCCUGGACUCGGAGCUGCGGGCCGUGCAAG